GGACCUAGACGUGCAUGGUUUACCAGUUGCAUUAAAGUUAAGGCUCUUUUGGUGUUUACGCAUAGAAAUCAGUUAAUUGCGCCUUUCCCCCUUGGUACAACACCAGAGAAUACUCUGCACAUGUCAGUCCUGAAAGAGAAUUCAGUAUAACGCAAGUAUGUUAUACGUGACAUAUUUUUGACUUGCAUGCCACGGUAGUGAGUUAGUUUACUCCACUUUGGACUUUGAACAGGUUCUGUAACAGUCCAGACAGACAGCACUGAUAUGGGGCAACACCACCCAGUUUAAGAAUUCCCAUAGGCCACACUGGAUGACUUCAUAAACUAUUUAACAUUUAAAUUAUUAAACCAUCAGACGCAGUCUAGACAUAAAGGGACUCUUCUCAUCUGUUGAAAGUAACAUGGCCUCCAGUUCUAUUGGCAGACGAAUGGUGGCUUGUCUCCUCAACAUUUCCGAGGCUCGCAGGAAAGACCUGGUGGAGACUGUGGCUAAGGCAGCUUUAUACAACACUGAAGGUGUUAGACGAGAGGGGACCACAGUACUGAACAUCUUUAAUGACCAUGACUACAACCGCUCUGUCAUCACCAUCGUGGCCGGCAUCGACUCUAUCAGGGAGGCGGUUCUGUCUGCAUGCGAGAAAGCCUGUGGGUUGAUUGACAUGAGCGCUCACACUGGGGUCCACCCGUGUAUGGGUGCCGUCGACCUCAUACCCAUCUACCCCCUGGGGGAGGAGGUGCGAGUGGAAGACUGCGCUAAAGAGGCUCGAGCUGUGGCUCAGGGUCUCACAGAGAGAGUCCAGGGCACCAGUGCCUUCCUGUUUGGCUGGGCGGACACCCCCCUUCAACGGGGGCUAGCGCAACGGAGGAAGGAGGUGGGAUGGUUCAAGAAGACGACAGACUUGCAGGAAAUCAGGCCCGAUCUGGGGACACAGCCACAGAAACGUUUUGGCCUCACAGGUGUUGGGGCCAGUCCAUACGUCAUGAACUGCAACGUCACAAUCAACACCCAGGACAUCGCCAUGGGACGGAACAUUGCCAAGGCCAUUAGAGAGUCAGCCCCUGGGGGCCUACCAGGGGUGCAGGUGUUGGCUUUGCCACAUGAGGGCACUGUGGAAAUUGCUUGUAACGUGGAAAGUGUGAAGGGUAGCCCACCUAGUCACAUGACUGCAGGUGGACCCUGGCCGUCUUUCAGCAUCGAGGGACAGCCAUACUGUCACGCCCCAGCUUCCCUCAUCACAGCGAGGGUUGCAGAAUUGGCAGGGAAGCAGGGGGUUGGUACAAAGGGCACAGCGUUGGUGGGGUUCACUCCCCAUGAGUGCAGGGGCUUAGCAGAGUUAGCACUGUCUCAAGGAAUUGCUGAGUUCUGGAAGGAGCAGCGCAGAAUCCGUAUGUGAAAGCCAAUUUAAACUUCAAACAUGUCAGGUUUCCCAUUCAACCAUC